CUCCUCCGGGCCGCCGCCUCCAAAGCCCUAGCUCCAUACCGCCGCCGCCGCCGCCGCCGCCGCCUCUCCACUCGAGAGACCCAGCCGACGCAGCAGCCAUGUCGCUGAUCGCCGGGGAGGACUUCCAGCACAUCCUGCGUCUGCUGAACACCAACGUCGAUGGGAAGCAGAAGAUCAUGUUCGCGCUGACCUCCAUCAAGGGUAUAGGCCGCAGGUUCUCCAACAUCGCCUGCAAGAAGGCCGACAUCGACAUGAACAAGAGGGCCGGUGAGCUUUCGCCGGAGGAGCUGGAGCGGCUGAUGACGGUGGUGGCGAACCCGCGGCAGUUCAAGGUGCCCGACUGGUUCCUGAACAGGAAGAAGGACUACAAGGACGGGAGGUUCUCCCAGGUCGUCUCUAACGCGCUCGACAUGAAGCUCAGGGAUGAUCUCGAGAGGCUCAAGAAGAUCAGGAACCACCGUGGUCUGCGUCACUACUGGGGCCUCCGUGUGCGCGGGCAGCACACCAAGACAACUGGGAGGAGGGGUAAGACAGUCGGUGUGUCCAAGAAGCGAUAAGCUUGAGAACAGCCCCAAGCAUGAACAAGUGUUUCACUGGACGAUGUUUUCCGCUAGGAUAAUAUUUUUGUGUUAUGGAACCUUAUAGUACUGUAUCUUGAAGAGUGUCCUUGGCAACUGAGUAAUUUGUUUUUCCAUGAAACUAUGCAGUAUUGACUCCUUGUUUAUUGCCAUUCUCUACUCGCAUCUACCCAAAUUUGGAUGUUGCGCUCACAUUGUGUAUCUUGUUGCUAUGCUGUACUAUACUGCAACAACGUGAUGCUUAUUGGUUUC